AAAGAUUCUGUAAAGCAUUUUCACGUGGAAUACACAGGGAAUUCAUACAAGUUUGGCUUCAACGAAUUUUCAGAUUUGAAAGACCUGAUCAUGCAUUUUGCGAAUCAGCCUCUAAUAGGUAGUGAGACAGGGACUUUGAUUGUAUUGAAGCAUCCAUAUCCCAAGAAAGUAGAAGAGCCUUCCAUUUAUGAAUCUGUGCGAGUCCACACGGCUAUGCAGACUGGAAGGACAGAAUUUGACCUCAUUCCCACUGCUCCAUCGUUAGGGACUAAAGAAGGUUAUCUAACAAAGCAAGGCAAAAUAGUUAAGAACUGGAAAACUAGGUGGUUUACACUGCAUAGAAAUGAGCUGAAAUACUACAAAGAUCAAACGUCCACAGAGCCAAUCAGAGCACUGGAUUUAACUGAAUGCUCAGCAGUACAGUUUGACUAUUCCCAAGAGAAAGUGAAUUGCUUUUGUUUAGUAUUUCCAAUGCGGACGUAUUAUCUGUUUGCAAAGACUGGAGUAGAAGCAGAUGAGUGGAUUAAAAUAUUGCAGUGGAAACUGUCCCAGAUAAGGAAAAAACGCCAGCAUGAUUCCACACUCAGGCCAUAGUAAUUUUGGCUUCAAAUCUAACUGCACGACAAUCAACAUCGGUUCAUAUUCAUACUCCCUUCAGAUUCGUUAUUCAGCAUUAAGAAGUGCUGCACCAGAUCAGAUCAGAGGUUUUUAAACUCUGCAGUUGCCGACUUGCUGACAACCUGUUUCUAGGAAAUUCUUGAACACUCUGUUAAAGCAGAAGACGAUUACCUUGGAAGACGGAUAUUCACCUGUUCAACAUUUCAUUAUUCUGGAUACGCCCGGUGAUUACUGGCAUUCUGUAUUUGCCUUUGCUGCCAAGUUUUCACUAGUUCUUUGUAUGUAAGCAGUUUCAAUGAAAGUACUUAGUUUCAUAGCAUGAACCUGAACUAGCUGUGUACCCACUCAUCCCUGGCUACCAUUCUGUAUGCUUCAAACCAUUUACACUGUGGUCUGUUAAGACACAUUACCUGAACACAGUUUUUUU